AUGCGAGCGGCUCAUUCUUCAACUACGAUCUUCUCACAACCGUAUGGCGGAAUUGUACCCUUGAUCACUUUGCUGCAAAACACUAUCCUCUGUCCCCGAAAUUGCCUUGCCCCACACUUUUGCCCCUCCUGUCCGGUGGGCCUUAUCUCAAUGGACACCGAACACAGCAACGGCUCUUCUGCCGACCUUGACCCCAUGAGACUCACAGGCCCAAUGUCAACGACGGGGCCUCCAUCACCCGACAUGGGUUCCGAAAACGACGAUCAGACACCUACGGGCCUCGUCCCCGAGCCGACAACACUGGUUUCGCCCAAGCCCCCCAAUACGAAACCAUCACAGAGCCAGCCCGGAAACCAGGCAUCCGAGGCUCGUACCAUAGGGCUCAUGGGACAGUCUACACGCUCUUCGAGCCGUGCACCUAGGAGGUUCAGCGGGAGUACGGCCGCCAGCACCGCCGCGAGCUCCAUUAGUGAAAUGGAAUCUAGUUCCCUCAAGCCAUGGAGAAUCGGUGUCUGUGCCCUGGAUGUGAAAGCCCGCAGCAAACCGAGUCAGAACAUCUUGACUCGUCUCCAAUCAAGAGGUGACUUUGAAGUGAUUGUGUUCGGCGACAAGGUUAUCCUCGACGAAGCAGUGGAGAACUGGCCGGUAUGCGACUUUCUGGUCGCGUUCUUCUCAGAUGGGUUCCCUUUGGACAAAGCCAUUGCAUAUGCCAAGUUACGGAAACCCCUGUGUGUCAAUGAUCUUCCGAUGCAGAAGGUCUUGUGGGAUAGACGACUCUGUUUGAUGAUUCUGGAUCACAUGGGCGUCCCCACCCCGAAGCGGAUAGAGGUGAAUCGUGACGGUGGCCCGGUCUUAGAGUCGCCAGAAUUGGGCCAGCAUAUCUAUCACUUAACUGGCGUGAAACUCGAAGGCCCGGAGAGCGGAGUUGGUGGCGGAGCCCCUCGGACCCAAAAUGUUGCCAUGUCGGAAGAUGGAGAGGCUUUGAUCGUCGAUGGAAAGGUUUUUAAAAAGCCCUUUGUCGAAAAGCCCGUCAAUGGCGAGGACCACAACAUUCACAUUUACUUCCCGAAUGAUCAGCAAUAUGGCGGGGGUGGAAGACGGCUGUUUCGAAAGGUGGGCAACAAGAGCUCUGAGUACGACCCCACCCUCUCUGUGCCAAGGUCUGUUACAGAGCCAGAUACAAGUUAUUUGUAUGAACAAUUCCUCAGAGUCGACAAUGCUGAGGACGUGAAGGCCUACACUGUUGGGCCAGACUUUUGUCAUGCCGAGACGCGCAAAUCGCCCGUGGUCGACGGGCUUGUGCGUCGAAAUACCCAUGGGAAAGAAAUCCGAUACAUCACCAAACUUGGCAAAGAAGAGGCGGUUAUCGCGUCAAAGAUAUCCAAUGGGUUUGGCCAAAGGAUAUGUGGCUUUGAUAUGCUCCGUGUUGGAGAUAAGAGCUAUGUCAUUGAUGUCAAUGGCUGGAGUUUUGUCAAAGACAACAAUGACUACUACGAUAAAUGUGCCAACAUUCUCAGAGAUAUCUUUUUGAACGAAAGGCGGAAAUGUGAAGGUGGAACUGAACCUUCCGAGCCGCCAUCACCAGACAUGGGCCCAUCCAGAAGGAGCACAGUGGGAUCUCACCGGCAGGCUUUGAAGACACUGCUGAAGUCGCCGAGCGCUUCAAGACUCUAUGGUGGCCAAGGCUCUCACAAAACCCAUGAAACCCCUCCAUCUGAUGUCUCCACUUGUACUCCGUCGGUAGCCUCCUCUUCUGGACUCGAGGGCACUGAUGUCGGUGCUGCUCUCAGCAAGCUAAACUCCAGGGAAGGACACAGUACCGCUCGGGGGUACAGUCCUUCUAACCCUAAGUCACCGGCUCUUUCCAUUCAGCACCCCAAUGAGGAGGCGCUCCCGCCUCUUCCUGCUUCCAAGCACUCAUGGAAGCUGAAGGGCAUGGUUGCAGUGAUCCGGCACGCCGAUCGAACCCCUAAGCAAAAGUUCAAGUUCACAUUCCACAGCCAGCCAUUUGUGAAUCUCUUGAAGGGCCACCAGGAGGAAAUAGUCAUCAAGGGCGAGGCCGCAUUGGGUAGUGUUUCCGAUGCCGUCAAACUGGCUAUGGAGAAGGGCCUCGAGGAUAUGGAAAAGCUGAAAUUGCUUCGAACAUCGUUGGAGAAAAAGGGUGGUUGGCCGGGAACCAAAGUACAGAUCAAGCCCAUGUUCCGGAAAAGAAAGCCGGAAGAAAUGAAAGAGCAGGACUCAUCCGUCAACUCUACCCCGUUGCCCGACAACAAGCCCGGCGAAGAGCCGCUCUCACCCGUGGCGGGUGAAACGGUCCAAGAUAAUGAGGACUUGCACAGGCCACAAACACGGAGCGAUUCCAUAUCGGGUGCUACCUUCUCUCGAUUUUCCGCUGCUGAGAACGAUCUGAUUCUCGACAAGCUGCAGCUUGUAAUUAAAUGGGGGGGCGAGCCUACACAUGCGGCACGCUACCAGUCGCAAGAUCUUGGGCUCAACAUGCGAGACGACUUGAAGCUGAUGAACAAGGAGGCGUUGAAUAAUGUCCGACUAUUCACCAGUUCGGAGCGCAGAGUUAGCACUAGUGCACAAAUUUGGGCUUGCUCAUUCUUAGACCAGAAGGAUAUCCCCGAAGACCUCAUCCAGGUCCGCAAAGACUUGCUUGACGAUUCGAACGCUGCCAAAGAUGUCAUGGACAAAGUCAAAAAGAAGCUCAAAUUGCUGUUGCGAGAAGGCUCUGCGCCGUCUCAGUUUGCCUGGCCUAAGGAUGGUAAUAUUCCAGAGCCUUCGGUUGUACUGGCGACAUUGGUUGAGCUGAUGAAGUUCCACCGAAGCGUGAUGCACCACAACUUUGAGAAGCUUGAUGGCUCACCGGAUGUCUCUCCGGUACCUUCCAAUGACCCCGAGAAUCCGAUCCAGCCGAACUCAAGCGACCCACAGUCGGAGAACCCAAAUGUAUCCAAUAUCCAGGGACGGUGGUGCGCAGGAGAAGAUCCCCGUCUCUUUAAAGAGCGUUGGGAAAAACUCUUUGCGGAGUUCUGUGACACAGAGAAGGUUGAUCCUAGCAAGUUCUCUGAACUUUACGACAGUAUGAAGUUCGAUGCCCUUCACAACAGGCAGUUCUUGGAGUGGGUCUUUAUGCCUCCGGACAUUGGUCGCGAUGACGACGAAAAGGAUAGCAUUAAGAGCAAGUGUGCCGCCAAAUCCGAUGGAAGUGCAGAUGGCAAGCCCCAGGACCCAGGGAAUGAUAGAUCCGAAGAGCGCGCCGAACCCCACACGUUCGCGCACCGCUUUGGAUUAAGAAAGCGCAUGCAGGCGCUGGAAUCCCUCCCCCAUCUUCGGGCGCUCGAUGACUCGUACGAUCAUUACUUCAAACUCUUCCCGGGAUCCAAUUCUUCGAAAUGCAAGAUGGACGAAAGGCUUUCCAAACUUCGGGAAUUGUUCAAGCUGGCCAAGGUCUUGUUCGAUUACGUUACCCCCCAGGAAUACGGUAUAACCGACAGCGAGAAGUUAGAAAUUGGUCUUCUCACCUCUCUUCCCUUGCUCCAAGAGAUUGUUCGGGACCUUGAAGAGGUACAGGCCUCGCAGGACGCCAAAUCUUUCUUCUAUUUCACCAAGGAAUCUCACAUCUACACCCUGUUGAAUUGUAUCUUGGAGGGUGGAAUUCAAACCAAGAUUGCACGAAGUGCAAUUCCCGAACUUGAUUAUCUUUCUCAGAUUUGUUUUGAAUUAUACGAGGCCCGCGACAGUGAGUCGGACUCCUACUCCUACUCUAUUCGUAUCUCGGUCAGCCCGGGAUGCCACGCCUUUGACCCCCUCGAUGUACAACUCGAUUCUCGGCACUCCAUUGGGUGUGCUCCUCGGCGAAGCUUGACGGCCCAUCAAGAUUGGAAGGAAGUUAUUGAGACGCUAAAGGCGAAGUUCAACACGGUGGAACUGCCCAAGACAUUCAUUGCCGUGAAUUUGAGUGACAAGCACGUUUCUCAUGACGAGGGCUCGCGUGGGGCUUCUCCAGCGUAA